AUGGCUGACCCGAAGCCGCCCGCCGAACCCGCGGCCGCGGCCGGCGCUGCAGCACCUUCGGCGACCGCCUCCGCCUCCGCGACGUCGGGCGCAUCUUCUGCCGCAGCCAAGGCUGCGAAACCGGCUGGCAACCCUGCCCUCCGAAUGCUCGGCCUCCCCAUGCUCCCCAAGAAGCUACCAUCGCGCAACUGGAUGAUAUUUUGGGCCAUCACUACGAGUCUGUCCGCCGCCAUCAUCUACGACAAGCGAGAGAAGAAGCGCGCUACCGCAAAGUGGGCGCGUGCCGUAUCCCACCUCGCGCAAGAGCCUCUCAAGAAUCCCAACGAGUUGCCCCGCAAGAUCACUGUAUUCCUCGAGAGCCCACCUGGCGACGGCUUGCGCGUAGCGCAAGAUCACUUUAUCGAAUACGUCAAGCCCAUUCUCCAUGCUUCGGGCAUCGACUGGGAGUUUGUCCAGGGAAGACAGCAAGGAGACGUGAGAGCCGCUGUGGCUGAGAAGAUACGGCGGCAGAGGAAGGCACACGAGAGGCCGGAAGAGGACAUUCUUCCUACGAAUGACAAGGCCAUAUUGGAGUCCAGGGAGAGGAGUGGCAUUCCCGAAUACGACGGCAUUAAGGGUGACCUUGUUGUCGGGAGGCAUACCUGGAAGGAGUACAUUAGGGGGUUGCACGAGGGCUGGCUAGGCCCUCUUGAUCCCCCUGCACUUCCAGAGGCUCCUAGUGCCCCCGAGCCUGUUCAGCCUCCACCAGUGGAAGUCCUAACUCAGGAACCCAAGGAGGAGAGCAAGACCGACGGCGGCGCAGAGGCGAAGAAGGAGGAGCCCGAGAAGAAGGAAGAAGAGAAGAAAGAAGAGGAUAAGAAGCCGAAGCGGCCGCCUCAACCUCCCCCGUACAACACGACAGCAGACUAUGAGUCUUCGAGCAUUCCUCUCCGCAUCCCCCACGAGUUCAACCCCUCAGCGCCGAUCGAGUUCCCCCAUGUUCUUGGUUUCUCGAAUACCCUGACCCGAUUCAAGUGGUUCCUUAACCGCCGCAAGCUGGCAGACAAUAUCGGCCGAGAAGUGGCCGCCGUAUGUUUCGCCGUUUCACGCGACUGGCCCGAGGAUGCUUCGGGAGAGUACCCUCAGGUACACGCCCUAGAGCAGGAGGAGCGUAACUGGGUCAAGAGUGUCUGGAAGGACGAUCCCGAGGAGAAGAAGGACGACAAGAAGAACGAAGAGACCAAGUCUGAGCCUCAACGCCCCAAGGAGAAGAUUUGGCCGACUGCUAUCGUGACGGAUCCCCGUAUCAUGUCGCGUAUGAGGAGGUUCGAGCUCCUACCCGAGGACGAGGCGAGAUCGAAGGACGUCGUCGUUCCCGAAGAAGAGAUUGAGGGCUGGAUUAAGGGGAGUUUCCGUCAGCUCUUCCGAUGGGGCGCUUCGCAAUGGCAGGGAAAACACUUCACUCCCAACGUUGGGGACAUUAGCAAUGAGGAGUAG